ACUCCCAGAAAAUUUUGAAUUCCACCAAGAACCAGAGAGAGAGAGAGAGAAACGAAAAUGGAUGAUUCGAUAAGGGUGUUCUGCAAAACACUAGCCUCCUUCUGCAACCACCUCCAAAGCAGCUGCGACGCUCUCAAGCAAUCCCUCCAACGCCGUCCCAUCCCUCUCGAUUCCGCUUCUUCGACUUUUGUGCAGUGCCUGAAUCGCCGAGUGUCUUCCACCAACAGCGACCUCAACUUACUUGAAUCAAUGUCUUUCGGGACCGUUUCAUUCGAGGAGCUACUGGGUAACUGCAAUGAGGUCUACAAGAAGAAUCAAAGUGAUCUUGCUGAGCUUGAAGACCGUCUCAGGAAUUUUGGCUAUAUCCCAGAACCUGACAUUGAUGAAGAAGACGAGGCCUCUGAUUAUUCAUCUGCACCACUUGGGUUAGAGUUGAAGACUGUUGAUACUGACCCUCUAUUGGAGGACUCAUUGAGCUUACAGGAUCUUGGACUUUCAGAUGUGUGUCUUGCCACUAUAGCAUCUGAUGCUAAUAGAAAGGUUGAUAGCCUUGAUAUAUCUUUGCCAGAGCCAAUGAACCUUUCUGCGGAAAAACAACAUGGGUUGAAGGGACAAUAUGGACCUGCUUCAAAGUUCUUGGAAGUGAUUGAAGGUGAGGUAGGAGAUGACCCCAAAUCAGUUGGAGCACCUAAAUCUGUUAUAAAUGUAUCAAAAGAUGAUUAUGAAAGUCUUCCUUCGUAUAUGAGAACCCUAGCAUCGUGGGAGGAUCUGCUCGGAGCUGUUGAGAAGAUGAACUCAAUCCUAAGUCAAAAGCAAAAAAUAGAGGAAGGCAACUUCUUCCACCAAGACGAACUUGCAUCAUUGGGAUUCGGGCAUAAAGGGAGAGCUUAUCUGCUGCAACUGUUACGCAUGAAUCGUUUAGUUGUUGAGACCGUUGAUGGGUUGAUUUUCUAUAGAUUACUGUAGUAGUGUUGAUGAGACUCAAAACCCAAUUAGCUAUAAGUUGAUGCACCCUUCAAACAUUAGUGGUAUAUAGAUUCAAGUAGUUUUCAUUCUUUUAACUUGGCAGAAGGAAGCUUGCAGACCAAUUCAACCUGCAAAACAAAUUCAAAGUUUGUUUUUGCAACAAUGAUACAUACCCAUAAUUAAAAGUACAUUUAUGAACUACAAUUAUUCUAA